AUCUGCUGAUCGACAGGAUGGCCAGUGACUACUACCCCUACUCCAAGGAGGAACAGGAAACAGCCAAUCAGAAUCUCUCUUUUGGGUCCGGAAGUCUUCGUCCUGCAGCCGCUCGCUGGACGCCUUUACCGGGGCGAUACCGGGUUUUAACGCGUCGAGUUAAAGUGCAAACCAACGGAAUCACCGCGGUCUGUUUACCGGAGGGAACACCUGUCCGCUACCGGAAACACACGAGGCUGCACCGACGAAACAAACGGACCGAAACUCCGGCGGAACACCUGUCCGCCUCCACCGGGACACCUGUCCGCCUCCACCGGGGAGAUGCGCGCUGAGAGUCCGGUGUCUCACCUGCUGGGAGCGACAGCGCGAGCGUAGUUCGUUGGGUCCUCGUUCACGAGCCGCACGAUGUCCGUGAACGAGCUGUUCACGAAGUUCACGCGGGUCUGGAUCCCCGACCCCGACGACGUGUGGAAGGCUGCAGAGAUCGUCAGAGACUACAAAGAAGGGGAGCCGGUGCUUCACCUCAAACUGGAGGAUGAAACGCCUCUGGAGUACCCCGUGGGUCCCAAGGGGAACCCCCUUCCGUUCCUGCGUAACCCCGACAUCCUGGUGGGCGAGAACGACCUCACGGCUCUCAGCUACCUGCACGAACCUGCAGUCCUGCACAACCUCAAGGUCCGCUUCCUGGAGCCCAACCACAUCUACACGUACUGCGGCAUUGUGCUGGUGGCCAUCAACCCGUAUGAGCAGCUGCACAUCUAUGGAGAGGAGGUGAUCCGGGCCUACAGCGGGCAGAACAUGGGCGACAUGGACCCGCACAUCUUCGCCGUGGCUGAGGAGGCCUACAAGCAGAUGGCCAGAGACGAGAGGAACCAGUCCAUCAUCGUGAGCGGAGAAUCCGGAGCCGGAAAGACGGUUUCGGCAAAGUACGCCAUGCGGUUCUUUGCCACGGUGGGCGGCUCCACCAGCGACACCAACGUGGAGGAGAAGGUGCUCGCCUCCAACCCCAUCAUGGAGGCCAUCGGCAACGCCAAGACCACUCGCAACGACAACAGCAGCCGCUUCGGCAAGUACAUCCAGAUCGGCUUCAGCCGGCAUUACCACAUCAUCGGAGCCAACAUGAGGACCUACCUGCUGGAGAAGUCCCGCGUGGUGUUUCAGGCGGAGGAAGAGAGGAACUAUCACAUCUUCUACCAGCUGUGUGCCUCCGCCAGCUCACCAGAGUUCAAAGACCUCGGCCUCACCAGCGCAGAGGAUUUCACCUUCACGUCGAUGGGAGAGAACAUCUUCAUCGAGGGCGUGAACGACGCUCAGGACCUGGAGAAGACCAGGGAGGCCUUCACGCUGCUGGGGAUCAAGGACGCCAGUCAGAGCAGCCUCUUCAAGGUGGUCGCCUCCAUCCUUCACCUGGGCAACAUCGACAUCCUCGUGGAUCGAAGCGGAGACUCCUGCCACGUCUCGAAGGACGACCUCCACCUGCAGCACUUCUGCAGGCUGCUGGGGGUGGAGCUUAAGCAGAUGGAGCACUGGCUCUGUCACAGGAAGCUGGUCACCGCCUCGGAGACGUACGUGAAGAACAUGUCCAGCAAGCAGGCGGAGAACGCCCGCGACGCGCUGGCCAAGCUCAUCUACGCCCGCAUGUUCGACUGGAUCGUGCAGCACAUCAACAAGGCGCUGCACACCACCGCCAAGCAGCACUCCUUCAUCGGGGUGCUGGACAUCUACGGCUUCGAGACCUUCGAGGUGAACAGCUUCGAGCAGUUCUGCAUCAACUACGCCAACGAGAAGCUCCAGCAGCAGUUCAACUCUCAUGUGUUCAAGUUGGAGCAGGAGGAGUACAUGAAGGAGCUGAUCCCCUGGACCCUCAUAGACUUCUACGAUAACCAGCCCUGCAUAGACCUGAUCGAGGCUCGACUCGGGGUCCUGGACCUGCUGGACGAAGAGUGUAAAGUGCCGAAGGGGACGGACCAGAACUGGGCCCAGAAGCUCUACAAGCAGCACUCCAGCAGUGUUCACUUCCAGAAGCCUCGCAUGUCCAACAUCUCCUUCAUCAUCAUCCACUUCGCUGACAAGGUUGAGUAUCAGUGUGAAGGCUUUCUGGAGAAGAACAGGGACACCGUGUAUGAGGAGCAGAUCAACAUCCUGAAGGCCAGUGAGUUUCAGCUGGUUGCAGAUCUGUUUCAUGACAAGGACGACGUGGCCCCCCAGAAGUCCUCCAGAGUGAACGUCAGACCAGCAAAGCCGACUCCCAGGGGCCCCAACAAAGAGCACAGGAAGACCGUGGGGCAUCAGUUCCGCAGCUCCCUGCACCUCCUCAUGGAGACCCUGAACGCUACGACUCCUCACUACGUCCGCUGCAUCAAACCCAACGACUUCAAGGAGGCGUUCUCGUUCGAUUCCAAGCGUGCGGUGCAGCAGCUCCGAGCUUGCGGAGUUCUGGAGACGAUCCGGAUCAGUGCAGCCGGGUACCCGUCCAGGUGGACGUACCCAGACUUCUUCAGCCGGUACCGAGUGUUGCUGAAGAAGUCUGACAUGACAGCCGACAGGAAGCUGGUGUGUAAGAACCUGCUGGAGACGCUGAUCAAGGAAUCCGACAUGUUCCAGUUCGGGAAGACGAAGAUCUUCUUCCGGGCGGGGCAGGUAGCGUACCUGGAGAAGCUCCGGGCCGACCGGUUCCGCUCGGCCUGCAUCAAGAUCCAGAAGACGGUGCGGGGCUGGCUGCAGAGGGUUCGAUACCGCAAGGUCCGCAAGAUGGCCGUCACGCUGCAGAGAUACGGCCGAGGAUACCUGGCCCGCAGACACGCUGACUUCCUGCGUCUGAGCCGAGCCACCCUCAUCUGUCAGAAACAGUUCCGCAUGGUGAGAGACAGACGGGCAUUUCUGAGAGAGAGACGGGCAGUCGUCACCAUCCAGGCCUUCACCAGAGGGAUGUUCACCCGCCGGAUCUACCAGGAGUUCCUGCUCCACCACAAGGCCCAGGUGAUCCAGAAGACGGUGCGUGGCUGGCUCCAGAGGAGGCGCUUCCUGCGUGCCCGCGGUGCAGCCGUCACCGUGCAGUGCGCCUUCAGGCAGCUGCUCGCCAGGCGGCGGCUGCAGCAGCUGAAGGUGGAGGCUCGGUCCGCCGAGCGGCUGAAGAAGCUCAACACGGGCAUGGAGAACAAGAUCGUCCAGCUGCAGAGGAAGAUGGACGACCAGUCCAAAGAGCUCCGGACGCAGAACGACCAGCUGCUGCAGGUGAACACCGGUUUGGGCUCGGAGGUGAACAAGCUGCAGAAACAGCUGGAGCAGGUGAAGAGUCGGCAGGUAGGAGGAGCAAGAGGAGGAGCUCAGAUCUCCUCCCUGCAGGAGGAGCUGGACAAGCUGAGGGAGGAGCUACAGGAGGCAUCGGCCCAGAGGAAGAGGAUGGAGGAGGACCACGGCAACGAGAAGAUGGGUCUCCAACAGAGGGUGGAGCAGCUGGAGGCAGAGAACGCUCUGCUGAAGAGGGACAAAGAAGAGAUGAACCAGAAGAUGCUGCAGCAAGCCAGGAUCUCUGGAGAGGGCAGCAGCAGCGAGGCUCAAGCGGCGCUGCAGAAGGAGCUGGACGAUGAGAGGCAGCGGUACCAGAACCAUCUCAAGGAGUUCACCCGACUGGAGCAGCGAUACGACAACCUGAAGGAGGAGCUGUCUCUGAGCAAGUUCCAGCCCGGCCACCGGAGGAACCCGUCCAACCUGAGCAGCCUGGAGUCGGACUCCAACUACACGUCCAUCUCCACCUCGGAGGUCGGAGACACCGAGGACUCCAUUCAGCUGGUGGAGGAGAUGGGAGUGGAGAAGGCUGCGAUGGACAUCGGUCUGUUCAUGAAGCUGCAGAAGAGAGUCAGAGAGCUGGAGCAGGAGAGGAAGAGGCUGCAGGUCAACCUGGACAAGAUGGAGGAGCUCGCCAAGCGCAGGGAGUCCGAGUCCAGGAGUUCCCCCUCCGAGCAGGAGAUGGCUGAUCAGGCCUACAAUAACCUCAAGAGAGAGGAGCUGGAAUCGGAGAACAAGAAGCUGAAGAACAACCUGAACGAGUUGAGGAAGUCCAUCGCCGAUCGAGCGUCUCAAAACGAUUCUUCCAACGAGCUGCAGGACGGCUACAACCUGCUGCUCAGUCAGCUCCGAUCGGCCAAUGAGGAGCUGGACGGUCGCAAGGAGGAGGUCCUUAUUCUGAGGACUCAGAUCGUCAGCGCCGCCCAGCAACAGGAGAACAAGGAGCUCGAGGAAAGCAGCAAAGUUCCUGAAGUGAACAACAGCAACGAGCCGGUGGAUAAAGAGGAGGCGGCCAAAGCCUAUCACGGACUGUGUGAGUCCAAAAACUCCCGGCAGGACUGGUGUUCUCUGAAUGAAGAUGGAGAGCUGGGUCUGGCUUACCAGGGCCUCAAACAAGUGGCCAGGCUGCUGGAGGCUCAGCUGCAGACUCAGUCCAGGCAGCACAAAGACGAGCUGGAGGCUCUUCACACCCAGAUCGAGCUGCUGCGAGACGACAUCGAGAAGAAGCAGGAGCUCCUGAACUACACGGCGGCGCUGUCGCCGGAGGCUCGCGUGGAGUACAGCGUCCAGCAGGAGAUCACAAGGCUCACCAACGACAACCUGGACCUCAAGGAGCUGGUGGAGAAACUGGAGAAGAACGAGAGGAAACUGAAGAAGCAGCUCAGGAUCUACAUGAAGAAAGUCCAGGAGUUGGAAGUGGCUCAGGCUGCAGCUCAGACCAGCAGGUCCAGACCUGAACUGAGUCGCCAGGUCACGGUCCAGAGGAAAGAGAAGGACUUUGAGGGGAUGCUGGAGUACUACAAGGAGGACGAGGCCCUGCUCUUCAAAACCCUGAUCACAGACAUCAGACCCACCACGGUGGGGGCUACGGUUCCCUGUCUGCCGGCUUACAUCCUCUUCAUGUGCAUCCGCCACGCCGACUACGUCAACGCCGACCAGAAGGUGGAGUCUCUGCUCACCUCCACCAUCAACUCCAUCAAGAAGGUCCUGAAGAAAAACAACGAGGACUUUGAGAUGACGUCCUUCUGGCUGGCCAACACCAGCCGGCUGCUCCACUGCCUGAAGCAGUACAGCGGAGAUGAGGUGUUCAUGACCCAGAACACGGGCAAACAGAACGAACACUGCCUGAAGAACUUCGACCUGGCCGAGUACCGACAGGUGCUGAGCGACCUCUCCAUCCAGAUCUACCAGCAGCUCAUCAAGGUGGCCGAGGGCAUCAUCCAGCCCAUGAUCGUGUCGGCCAUGUUGGAAAGUGAGAGCAUCCCCAGCCUGGCGGGAGUCAAACCGAUGGGCUACAGGAACCGCUCGUCCAGCAUGGACAUCAAUGGCGGCCCCACCAGCUACACCCUGCAGGCCCUGAUCCGGCAGCUGGGUCAGUUCUACGCCACCAUGCAGGACCACGGUCUGGACCCCGAGAUCGUGGGUCAGGUGGUGCGACAGCUCUUCCACUGCAUCAACGUCUUCACCCUCAACAACCUGCUGCUGCGGAAAGACGUGUGCUCCUGGAGCACCGGCAUGCAGCUCAGAUACAACACCAGUCAGAUGGAGGAGUGGCUGAGGGGGAACAACCUUUUCCAGAGUAAAGCUGCAGCCACCCUGAAGCCCGUCAUCCAGGCCGCUCAGCUGCUGCAGGUCAAGAAGAAGACGACUCAGGACGCCGAGGCCAUCUGCUCGCUCUGCACCGCCCUCAGCACGCAGCAGAUCGUGAAGAUCCUGAACCUCUACACUCCUCUGAACGAGUUUGAAGAGAGAGUCACCGUGUCCUUCAUCAGGAGCAUCCAGAACCGUCCUCCGCAGAGCACCGACCCGCCUCAGCUGCUCAUGGACACCAAGCACAUGUUCCCCGUCCUCUUCCCGUACACGCCGUCCGCUCUCAGCCUGGAGACGCUGCACAUCCCCGCCUCCCUCGGCCUAGACUUCCUCGUCAGGGUCUGAAGGAUCUGCUUUUUACCCAGGACCAACUGCUUCCAGUGAACUGACCUCACAUCAGCUUUAAAACAGCAGACAGACGCAUUUCUACCACCGGCUGUUCAGACACGUUUACCAAGUUCAGCUUCAUGUGCCUCAAAUAUCUGAGAAGCAGCAGACGGGAUCGAAUCUACCGCUCUUCCUCCGCUCCUUUGUCCUCCGACAGGAAACGAGACGCGGCAGGAAGUGAUGGAAGGAACAGGAAGUGAUGGAAGGAACAGGAAGUGUCCCGCAGGACGAAGAAGGCCAGGGCGGAGAUUCAGGAAAGCUCAGGGAGGACGGAGAGAAAAGGGUCUCAGAAGAUUCACAAAACUGUGUGAUGAGACAUAGAAAUAUGUGUUCACACCCACAAACCAACAUAUUCAACAUAAACAUUGUUUAUCAAUUGCUUAUUGUUCAGAACAUUAUUUAUAUUAAUAAGUCCUGUUGAUGAUCAUCGGCUCACUUUCGGUGUUGUAGUUUUUUCACGUUCUCUGAUCCACACGUGCGUGUUGCGUUCAGGUGUUGAUGUGAAACUCAGGACUCUAAAGUAAUAUGUAAUUGGUAAUCUGUAAUCAUUGAUCCGUCACACAGGCGGUCGUGGGAUCCUGGAGGCUCGUUUCGCUCCAUGUUUCAGUGAAUGAACGAUGACAUCAUCAGUCGGGUUAUUGAAGGUCACUGAAGGUCACUGCUGCACACUUUUAAUCCAUCAGAAGAAAUCAAUGUGCUUUAUCUUUUGUUUUCGGUUUGAUUAUUCUACUCUUUUUUUUUUAUAUUUCUGUGUAAAAUAAUUGUACUCACGUUUUCUAUCCCUUUUUCUUUCUUGUGUGAUUUUGGAAAAUUAUGUGGUGUCAAUAAUUAAUAACUAAGAUACUAAACGCUCAGUGACAGGUUCACUGACUCAUGUGGUUUAUGGGAUUGUCCAGCUUUAGCCUGAAUAAUCAUUUGCACUUAUAGAGGAUUCAUAAUGAUUAUCACACUAAUUAUUAACACACUAAUUAUGAUCACAAACUGAAUGAAGAACUUCACUGUUUUAAUCUUUCGUGUGAUCAACGUUGAAGACUUUCACGGUAGAACAAAUAAUAUAUAUUUUCAUAAGGUCGGUACGUCCACUUCAAGCUGCGGUUUUGUAUCAUAAUUGACUUUUCAGUUUCAGACUUUGAUGUCAAUGUUUUCGCUCCCUGAAUGAAGCACGAAGUAACUUCCUGUAUUUCAAAGUAACUUCCUGUAUUUCAGAGUAAAGGUUUUCUUCGCUGAGUUGUGGUUUAAUCCUCUUUGGCGUCAGAUGAUCAAUAAAUCUGAGGUUUUU